GGGAAGUCGUCUACAAUGUAUUUAAAAAAUCUAAAACGAUUCAGAGAACCAAAGCAUGAAAGACGUCCUUGGAGGAUAUGGUUUUUAGAUACCUCCAAACAAGCCAUAGGGAUGUUGUUUAUACACUUUGCAAAUGUAUAUUUAUCGGACCUCACUGAAGAGGACCCUUGUUCACUGUAUCUUAUAAACUUCUUGCUGGAUGCCACCUUAGGGAUGCUGCUAAUCUACGCUGGUGUGCGUGCUGUCAGCGUCAUUGUAGAAUGGCAGCAAUGGGAGUCGCUUCGCUUUGGUGAAUAUGGUGACCCACUGCAGUGCAGUGCUUGGGUGGGACAGUGUGCACUCUACAUAGUGAUCAUGAUGUUUGAGAAAACCAUCAUCAUUAUAGUCCUCCUAAUACCUCAGUGGAAAGAGGUAGCUUUAUUGAAUCCUAUAGAGAACCCCCAAUUGGAGCUGGCUAUCGUCAUGCUGAUAGUUCCCUUCUUUGUUAAUGCAUUAAUGUUCUGGGUAGUGGAUAAUUUUCUUAUGAAGAAAGGGAAGACAAAAGCUAAACUUGAAGAAAAGGAAGUGGGGCAAGAUUCAAGGAAUGGAAGUAAAGUGCGAUACAGAAGAGCAGCAUCACAUGAGGAGUCAGAGUCAGAAAUACUCAUUUCAGCAGAUGAUGAAAUGGAGGAGUCAGAAGUUGAAGAGGAUCUGCGGAGACUGACUAACUUAAAACCUGUUAAGAAGAAGCAUCGUUUUGGGCUGCCUGCAGCCCCUGUGAAAAAGAAGCGUCCCCCAGUGAAGGAAGAAGAUCUCAAAGGGGCCAGAGGAAAGCUCUCCAAAAAUCAGCAAGUUAAAUCCAAAACAUACCAAGUCAUGAAGCAAUGUGAACAAGAGGGCUCCGUGGCACCUUCCGUAUUUAGUCAAGAUCGGACUGGAGGAGAAACAGUCUUUUCGAAGCCUAAAGAAGAGCCGUCCAAGAGUGUGUUUGGCUGAUAAUCAACUUUAACCUGCAUGACAGCUGUUCCUAAUGCAACACUUAAUCCCAAAUUGCUCUUUCUUAUAUUAAACACAUUGCUGCACUUGUACACCAACGUAAUUCUUUCAAAUCGCUCAUUAAUUAGGAGGACUCCGUUUAUAGGCUACAACUUCCUUUUAUAAGUAUUUUUUUCCUAUAAUGUGUAUUCUGUAAUGUUCUGUAAAGCUUGGUUGCUGGAUGCGGGCUGGCACAGUAAUGACCAAUUUCUACUUAAAUGACGUGUAUGGUUUUUUUUAAGACUUCUGUCCCAGCAGCGUGUUUUUUCAAUUUUUAAAUCCAAUAAAUAAAUUAUGUGGAUUUGAUGUCA